AUGGGUAACCUCAUCAGCCGGCCCAGCUGCCUGGGCCAGAAGUCCAAACACGUGAGGUCAGACGAGGCCUUCCUAAAGGAGUGUUACCAACGAAGAAGAGAGUGGCAGCCCCAGGAACAGCAUGUAGAGGCCAAACCCGAAGUGGCUGUUGAAGAAAAUACAAAGGAGGAUGCAAUCAAGGAAACGGAGUCAGAGUGCGACAAGGAGUUAGAGGAAAUUGAUCUUAAAAGGGAGGAGGGGACUCAAACUCCCAUUUCCGACAAACCCCUCAGGAGUUCUCCAGCCUCUACGAUCAGGAGCAGCAGUACUUUGGAAAACGCCUGGCACAGCAGCCCUUCUCCAAUAAAAACAUCCCGAAAUGGGACCCUCACAAGGAGAACAGUGGCCCCGGAGUUUGCCAGAUCCCCCCUGGCUCAUCUCGACAAGAGUGCAGCGGAGAGGAGGGCCAGCUUCCAGAGAAGAGACUCCAGAGAAGGAAGCCCUUGGUCCUGGAAGACGUUGGCAUCACGAGAGGUUACAGAAGUGACGGAAGUGACAGAGACGAUCGUGACAGAGAUUGUGGAAGUUACCGAAUAUCCAUCUGGAGAUAAAGGAGGGGACCCCGUUGUUACAAGAACUGUUAGAGUCCUAAAUGGUGCCGCUAAGGAACUGGCAGAGCUCCAAAGUGAUGGGCACUCAAGCUCAGACCAAGAAUCCAGUCUGGAUAGAUGGCAGGGAACGAGAUCUGCCUUGGCACUGAGGGAUGCGUCCACAGAUUCUGACACAUUUCUCCAAAACCUGGAAGCUUUGCUCACAUGGGUCAGUGAGAUUGAAGAGCUCACAGCAAAUCAGAAACCACCAUCUUCAGAGGUCAAAGUGGUGAAAGCACAGCUCCAAGAACAAAAGCUCUUGCAGCGUCUCCUAACAGACCGAAGGCGUAGCAUGGACUGUAUGAUGUUGGAGGGCCCUCGACUGGUGGAGGCCCACCCAGGAGAGGAAGGGGAGCAGACCAAGGUCAAGCUCUCUGCUCUCCAACAGAAAUGGGAGGCUUUACAGCUGGAGGCAGAACAAAGGAGAGCGUGUCUGGAACUCAUUCUGCCCAGGGCCCAGCUCUUCCAGGAGGGAGUAGACAGUUUACAGCAAUGGCUCAUAUCGGUGGAGCAAACUCUAGCUGAACUACGGAAUGCAGAGAGAGUGAUGCUGCAUCUCUCAGAAGCAACAGAUAGGGCCAAGGCUGUCGUUGAAGAGAUUCAAGUAAAAACUGUGGAGCUAGGAAAAAUACAAAGGUCAGCCCAUGAUCUCAUGGGAGCAAUUUCAGAGGAGGAAUCCCAGCAGGUACAGGAGAAGAUGGAUUCCCUGCGUAUCCGUUGCUCUGUGCUAAGUAUAAGCAGUCUGGAUGUGCUGCAAAGACUUGAGCAGGCCCUGGAGGCCUCCAGUCGCUGUACCUCCAGCCAGGAGGACCUCCACCUGUGGCUGGGCCGCAUUGAGAGGGAGCUCCUCGGGGCAGGUGGAGCACAGACACAUGCUGGAGAUUCAGUACUAUGUGCAGCUGAGAGACAGAGGCUGGAGCAGGCAGUGGUAAAGGAGAUGGCCUGGUUCAGAGACACAGCACUGAGUCUUGAGAAGCUGAAAUCCAUCAACCUGCAUCCAGAGCUCAUAGCAGAACAACUCUAUGAACAGAAGAUUUUGGCUGUGGAGAUUCUUCAACACAGGUUCAACAUUGAGAAGAUGGUGAAGAUCAGUGAAAUCUUGCUGACAUACAGUGAUGAAGGAGAAACAGGCGAUUUGCGGACACCAAUGGAGGCCUUACAGGAACAAUGCAACACAACCUCAGCCACCAAUUCCCAUGUGGUCCUGCAGCUUGAGCACGCUCAGUCGCUUCUUCUCCAGUUCUCAGAGGGCUUUGCUGAGGUUUCGCCUUGGCUUCAAGAAACUCAAUCCCUAAUUGGCCAGCUCUCCCUGAGCACAAUUAGCUACGAAGCCUUUCGGGAACAACAGGACCUCUUACAGGGUCUGAGGGAGUCUAUAGCAGAACAUAGACCCUUGAUUGCACGCUUAUGCUCUCUAGCAAAACGCUUAUCAGAACUAAACCCCACUCAGGGGGAGGAUUUCUGUCGAAAGGCUUCAGAGGCCGAGGAACAACAUGGAGCCAUCAGAGACCGGGUCAGAGAGACGGCUAAUCUGCUGGAGGAGUCCUUGCCUCGAUUCACACAGCUGAAUGAGAGGAUGACACUUAUCAGAGAGAGUCUUGACCGCCUGCGCAGUCGCAUACAGACUCCCAGCUCUCUUCAAGGCCUCACCCCAAGGAUCCAGGAGCAGCUGCAGGACAACAAACACACCCUGGCUGAGCUUUCCAAGCUGGAGACAGGCCUCGGCAGCAUCAAGACACAGGCAGAUGAGCUGCUGGCUAACACACAGGCAGCCGGUGACGGAUCGGUUGGCACAGCCAUCCAGGAGCGAGUAUCCAGCCUGUCCCAGCUGUGGGAUGAGACACACACUCAGGCCCAGGAGAGGGAAAGCUGGCUGCUCAAACUUUUGGAUCUGGCCUUGAAGUUCUGGAGUGAUGUCAGUGAUGUCACAGCUGCUCUCAAUGAUGGUCAGCAGGCCGUUCUGGAUCUCAAUGCUAGUCGGACAGACUCCGAAACAAUCCGCCAGAGCCUUGAGACCAUGCAGACUCUCAGGGAGGACAUUGACAGUUUACAGGGAGAUCUGGACACCCUUGGCAUUCUGGGAAUGGACCUGAUGUCAGCCUGUGGGGAUACAGAUAAACCAGAUGUCACAAAGAGCCUAGAUGAACUCUAUUGCACAUGGAACAACUUGAGCAAACUGUGGAACGAAUGUCACAACAAGCUGGAGGAGUCCUUGCAGAUGGCACUUCACUAUCAGGACACUAUGCAGGGUCUUUUUGAGUGGUUGAAGUCGGCUGAGCUGAGGUCAACUGAAGAGUUUAUGGUUGGCCCUGACCUGGAGUCAGUCAAAGAACAGCUCUGUGAUCUCAAGGAAUUUAAGCGUGAGCUCUACCAGAAGAAAAUCGAGAUAGAGAGUCAGAACCAUCGCUUUGUGUGCCGACUGUCUCCAGGCUCAGAGCGUCCAGGUUCAGUCUCACCGCUGUGUGACUUCAGACACCGCUGGGACAGCUUGGAGUCAGAGACCGUCAACAGACAGCAUCAGCUGGAGUGUGCUCUGCUGGGUCUGGGUCAGUUCCAAAACACACUGGAUGAGCUGCACACAUGGCUCUCCAGGACUGCAGAACAACUGCAGGGCAGCCAGCCAAUCAGCAUCGACCUGCAGGCCUGUGAAAUAGAGCUGGCAAAACACAAGGUACUGCGUAAUGAUGUCAUGUCCCACGUUCGCACGAUGGAGACCCUGAACCAGGCAGGCAGGGGGCUGCUGGAGGUCGGGUCUGGGGACAGCCCGCAUGGUCUGCAGUCUCGCCUGGAGCAGCUGAAUGAGAGCUGGGAGUUUGUCCGCUGCGAGACUGAGCGCAGGCAGCUGGAGUUAGAGAACAGACUGAGUCAGGUACAAGAUGUUACAAUGGAGAUUCAGGAUCUUCUGCAGUGGCUGGAGAACACAGACCUGAGACUGUCCUCCUCUAAAAUCAUAUGGAGUAUGCCGGACUCUGCCGCUGAAAGGCUCAGUGCACACUUGGAGUUGUGCAAUGAGAUGGAGUCAAAGCUUCACGCCUACACGGAUGUGAAGAAUGCCAUCCACAGGAUGCUGGAGAGCAGAGAUGUUGUGCGGGGAUCGAGCACUGAACACAGCUUAUCCAUUCUCGAACAGAAAUGGGCCUCUGUUUACAGCAAAGUCCAGGAGCGAAAGGCGAAGCUUACAGAAGGGCUGAGUCUGUCCAAGGAGUUUCACAGUAGUGUGCAGGAACUUCUCACUAAGAUGACCAAGUGUGAAGAGUCUAUUGGGUUUCUUCCUGCUCCCAGCUUUGUCCUGGACACAGUUUGUACUCAGCUGCAGGACCAAAGAACACUGGUGAAUGAGGUGAAGGGCUAUGGUGAGAAGAAGAGCACAGUGGAGAACACAGCAUGUAGACUAACCGAGCUGAGCAGGAAGGAAGACUGUGAUGUCAUCCAUAACCUGAUCAUGACUGUCCAGGAUCGCUACAAGAAGCUACAGCAGCGGGCUGCGGAAAGAGGCAGGAUGCUGGAGGAGGUCAAAAAGAACGUCAAACAAUUUAAUGAAUCAUGGCGCCUGCUAGUGGACUGGAUGACGGAGGUAGAGCAGACGUUAGACACACAUAAAGAGAUCGCUGUGUCCCACGAGGAGAUCAAACAACAACUGACUGAGCAAAAGGAGUUCCAGAAACUACUGAGGUCAAAGAGGCCGAUGUACGACGCUGCAUCUAAGAAUGGGCGCAGUCUUCACGAGCGAGCUCAAACCGGCCAUGACAGACAGCAUCUGGAAAACCUGCUGGCUGAACUCAAAGACACAUGGGACACGAUCAGUGGGAAAUCUAUGGAGAGACAACACAAGCUGGAGGAGGCCCUGCUGUUCUCAGGUCGAUUCACUGACGCUCUGCAGGCUCUGAAUGACUGGCUGUACAGAGCAGAGCCCCAACUAGCUGAUGAUGUUCCUGUAGGCGGAGACAAGGAUAUGGUGCACAACCUGAUAGACAAACAUAAGGCCUUCCAAAAGGAGCUGGGGAAGAGAGCUGGAUGCAUAAGAACCCUGAAACGCUCCGUCAGAGAUCUGACCAGGAGCAGCACAGCUGAUGCUCACUGGCUGCAGGAGCAGAUGGAUGAGCUGGAAGGCCGCUGGGAAGUUGUGUGCAAGCUGUCAGUCAGCAAGCAGGACAGGCUGGAGGCUGCACUUCAGCAGGCUGAGAAGUUCAACGGCCUUGUCCACUCUUUCAUGGAACAUCUCACUGAGGCAGAGAGGAUACUUAAGUAUGGGGUCAUACCAGAGGAGGAGGAAGGCUUGCUCGCCUUCCACAAACAGCACAAGGAAUCCAUGAGUGCCCUGCAGGCUCAGGCUGUGGACUUACAGAACAUUCAGUGUCUGGGUGAAGAGAUCCUGGCCUCCUGUCACCCAGACUCUAUAAUCACCUUAAAAUCCUGGAUCAGUGUCACCAAGACUCGCUAUGAGGAGGUUCAGACCUGGGCUCAGCAGCAGGGCCAGAAGAUCCAGGCCAGCUUGGCAGCACUGGAGGCAGAGAGAGAGGAGGUCCAGAGGCUGCUGGACUGGAUCUCAUCAGCAGAGGAAUCCCUCACCCUCAGAGAACAGGAGCCACUACCCGAGACCACGGAGCAGAACCAAGAAUUGAUAGAACAGCAUACACAGGUUUUCAUGGAGGAAUUGAAUAAGAAGUUUCCAGAGGUUGAACAUGCCACAAAGUCCUGCAAACACAAAAGCAUCCCUAAGCAUCAAAUCUCACCCAGCAAACGUCCACUCACAAAGAGGAGGAGCACUCUGAAGCUCCCGCCUGUAGUGCCUGUUCCCCUGGAGCACCUUGACCCCCAGACCCCAGAGCUCAGUCAGCUGGUCCGCCAGUGGCAGAAAGUCUGGCUCCUGGCUGUGGCGAGACAAACACGUCUGGAGCAGCACCAGCAAAUGCUCAAAGAGAUGGAGGAAUUUGCAAACUUUGACUUCAAUAUUUGGCGAAAGCGCUACAUGCAGUGGAUCAGUCAUUUGAAGUCGCGGAUCCUGGACGUGUUCCGCAGCAUUGAUCGGGACCAGGACGGACGCAUCAGCCAGAAAGAGCUUGUUGAUUAUGUCCUUGCCUCCAAAUUCCCAACCAACUCCCUGGAAAUGAACGCGGUUGCUAACAUCUUCGACAUUAACAGUGAUGGCUUCAUCGACUACUAUGAGUUUGUGAGUGCGCUACACCCCAGCAGAGAUCCAUACAGGAAAACACUGGAUGCAGAUCAAAUCAAUGAAGAGGUGAGCCGACAGGUGUCACAGUGUAACUGCCCCAAGAGGUUUCAAGUGGAGCAAAUAAGUGCCAAUAGAUACAGGUUCGGAGAUUCCCAGCAGUUGCGCAUGGUUCGCAUCCUGCGCAGCACGUUGAUGGUCAGAGUGGGAGGAGGCUGGACUGCUCUAGAUGAGUUCCUGGUAAAGAAUGACCCCUGCAGAGUAAAGGGCAGGACCAACCUGAAGAUCAAGGAGAAGUACUUGUCCCCUGCUGGAAGCUCUUCAAAAGGUCUGACUGUCAGCAGGUCAAACUCCAGCCUCAGCCUCUACAGCAGUGCCUCCGCCCCCACCAGCCCCAUGACCCGCAAGGCAUUACUUCGCAGAAGUUUCUCAGGUGACCGCUGCAUCCGCCCCCGGAGCUCCAUCGCUGCUUUGGGCUCCGAUCUACAGUUUGUCACAACAGGGGAGGACAAUUCUCCCUCACCAUCAGAAGAAGCUGAGAGGUUACCCACAUGAUGACCUUUGCCCCUGAGCACCACGUGUAUGCUGCAGUGCUGAACCCAAACACCGCCUUGGGGCCCCCGAAACACAAUGAUAAGAGGAAGCAACGUGAUACAGGGGGCCAAAUGGCAACACUUCAGUCACAUCUGAAGAGAACAAUGACAGAAAAGUAUCACAAAGUUCACCAGAGGUUAAAGGGUCCCUGUGUACAGAUGAAUCCCCCCUCUGAGUGGAGAAAGACGAGGUCUAUCCAGAUGCAAAUCAAGAUUUUCUUUUUAUUCCUUGUUGCAUUUCAUACAGAAAUAUCGGAUUGCCUAGAGAGUAGGGAUUACAAGUUCUGCAUGGAUGCUUAUUGCAUGAGGGCCAGAGUCUUGCUCUAUCAAAUAUUGAUUUUCCUGCUUUUUAUUUUUAUUCGGUUGUAAAGAAAAAGUCAGAAGGUACGAGAACCCUGAGAACAAAAGCUCAUGGGCAGUGAUGUGGGGAAACUGAUUGAACAGUGACUUACAGGUAGAAGGCAUUUGUACAUUGUGCUGUCUGAUAUCUUCCAAAAAACAAACAAACAUAUACCAAAACCACAAGGAUGUGAAGGUUACAGCUUGAUGUCCUUCAACAUUGUGAUAAUUACUGUUUUCAUUUCAGUUCAUGAAGUUGACAUUGUUGGCAGUGCCACAGUUUUGUUUUUUGCCUCCAUAUUUUCACUUUAUUGUGUAUUUGUAUGCUUCUUUUCUGUACGUUUGUUAUAAACACUGGAGAUUGUGUAAUGGGCGAUGCACUGAAGUUCAACAAAGUCAUUGUUGAUUUGUAGAGAUUAUUUUCUCAGGAUUUGUUUUUUUCUUUUUUGUGCUUCUGGAUGUACGUAUGUUUAUGGAACAUUACUGUGAAAAUGUAGUUUUUUCGUUUACGUCAUAACACUGUACUUCCUGGGAAAGUUUUGUUUAAAAAUGCACUUUUAUGUGUCCAACUACUGUAGAUGAAUCAUUUUGCUAAGAUCGCAGUUGUCAUGAAUAAGAAAAAGAACAAAAGAAUGCACUGGAGAUGACUGAAGUUUUGUCGUUUUUCAGUUAAAUCGACCUUAUAGUUUCAUUGUUUCUCCCUACCAGCCACUUUAACCAAAAGCAGUAUAUUUUGAAUUUCCUGUAUUUCAGUCUUGAGUUUUUUUGUCUUUGACCUCCAAUCCAUUCGGAAAUUCUCACAAUACAUUUUGUAUAAACAUUUAAAUGUGUUUUUUAAGAGGUUUUCUCAUGAUCUUGAAGAUACCCAUUAUGCAUCCCUUCAGCAAAAAAAAAAAAAAAAAAAAGCAUUUUCCUUAGAGAGAAGAAGCUGCAGCUCCACUUUCAGUCUGCUGUACAGGCUUCAGUGAUGCUGUGGUAUUACUGUAAACUUCUCAUUUAUAAGCUUCAUGUAAAGUUACUGUUUUUGUAUGUAAACGUUUGUACUAGAUCCUCCUGACAGUGGAGACAGUAGCUUCUAUGUUACAGGUUGCAUAAUGGUCUAUGCAGUUGUCGAAAAAAGAUUUUGUAAAAGUCAAAUACGUUUUUAAAUGAUGAUUUACCUUUUCCCCGUCUCUCUGUGUUGCUCUAACAGAAGGUUGAUUUAUUUUUUUUUAUUUUUUAUUUUUGCUGAAAUGUAAAAAUAUAAAGGCCAGAUUUCUCCUCUAUUGCUAUGCACCCUGAUCUUUCUGUACUGUAAAUGUUUCUAUACCCAGCACUCUUUCUAAUGUCUAACUAGGGAAAUCUGUAGAGGAAUGUCACUAAUAAUUUUACGUCCACUUGUACGAAAAAAGAAAUCAUUUUGUAAUAAAUUAAAAAAAUAUUUGGCAUAUUGA